AUGUCUAAUACUAAUGACGGAACAUCACCACCCCCGAGUUGGGUAACAGCAGGGGGUGGGGAGAACGCUACUAGGGCUCGAGUACCAGGCUGGAUGGUCAGCGACAGCGGCUCUGGUGGUGAAGGGACUACUACGGCUAAGGGGCAGCACCAGGAUGGGAAAGGGGCAAUGGAUGCCUUCUUACCAAAAUUACGCCAAUUCCUCACUAUAGUGGAUCCAGCCCGGGAGAAGGGCAGUUCGGAUGAAGACCUCCUCGCAGUACUUAGAGACUACGAUACCCCCGAGGGCCUGUUCGCCUCACUCGAUGAGCAGUACAAGGCUGAGUGGCAUCAACACCAGGAUGGGGUUCAACCUGCCUCUCCGGCCCCGUCCCCGGCACCGGUGACAUCUACUGCAUCACCCAAACCCCGGUGUCAAUACGGCAAUAAGUGUUAUAGGAAGAACCCACAGCACAUGAGGGACUUUGACCACAGUCACAGUCCUCUGCUGCCGAGCCAGAGUGGUGAGGAUGCGGUCACUAUAUCACCUCAUAAGAAGAGGAAGCGCAAGCGGGAGAAGGACAGUCCAGAGGAGUCUGGGGAGAGCAGUGACCUCUCCUCGUUUAUAGUGCCGGAUGAUGUAACCGACUCCCCUGAGCGUAAUGAUGAUGAUCCUGACUAUACCCCCGACACCAGCGGCAGGGACUCCCCUUCCCCCCCAGGGCCAGCACGGCCAGUGUGUAUGUACGAUGACCCCCGUCGUGAUAGUCGAGGAAGCUUCGGCAGCCGGGCCAAGCCUUCCAUAAAGCUCUUCGUAGGCUCAAUACCCUUCAGCAUCACCGAGGCUGAUCUUGAACCACUCUUCACACCCUACGGGGAAGUAGUAGAGCUAGUGAUACAACGACAGUCAGACGGGCGUAGUAAAGGAUGCGCUUGGCUGAGAUAUGCUACGAAGGCAGAGUGCGAUGCCUGCAUCAAGGCUCUGCAUAACACGUACCAGUGGCGUACGGGUAGUACGUGGAGUUUGAUGCAAGUGCGGUAUGCUAUAGGGGAACUCGAUGGGUAUCAUAAUAAGCUCUUCGUGGGGGGUAUACCAGCCUACUUGGACGAUGGUGCCCUCACAGCCUCUUUCUCAACUACGUAUGGGCCUGUGAGGGAGCUUGUGAGUCUACGCCGGGGGCCAGGACAGAGCACGAAUGCUGUGAUGGUGAGGUUCCUCCGAAGGGAGAGUGUUAACAAGCUCCUUGCGGACUCUAGAAGACGCCAGAUCUACCUUUGUGGAGUCUACUGCCCUGCGGUUCGAGUUUCCUAUGCUCACUACAAUCGGCAUGGGGACCGCGUAUUCUCUACUAAGGCUACUGCUGAGGAUAAUGUUCUGCAAGAAGGAGAAGGAGUACCCUCACAGAGGCGAGUUCCACCACAGUCUUCUACAAUGGGAUACCCUCCUGCCCUACAGGGCCCUCCAUCGCAGUUACAGUCCUCCCACCCCACCAUGUACUACGUGCCUAGCGACCCUGUUGGGAGGCAUCUCUCUAUAGGGAACAUACCGUCCUACAAAAGCUUCUCCGAUGUGACUGAUCUCCUCACACCGUAUGGUUCGAUUCUACACAUCACUGCUGUUGAUGAUGAGGAUGCUGAUCAUGGUACUAUGACAGUAUCAGCAGUGAUGGCAUCGGAUGCUGAGGCGAGUGCUGCCGAGGCGGCAUUGAAUGGUUAUGUAUUCCCGGACGACGAAGCACAGCUUCCCUUGAACGUGUCAAGGGUGACACCACCUCAAGAGUGGUCUCCGGCUCAUUACUCCUACUACCCUUCACCAACGACCGAUACCAUCCCUGGCAGUAUAGCAAUGACCAAGAUAAUGGCUGGCCUCCUCAAAGCACAGGAGACUCUGGCUCGGCAUUCUCCCGUAUACGCUGGUUCCGGCAGCUUCCCUCAGGCCCCCCUGAGGCACCACUGUCACAACUGCUCGGGAGAGUACUGGUUGCCGCCUAUCAUCACUGCAGCAGCAGCUGGACAUAUUCAACUCGCUGCCAAUUUGACAAACUCUGCGAUAGUCUCCCUCCCAGCUGAAUGUAGACAAGCCUCUCGUGACAUCUGA